AUGUCCUUCCACGUCCUCUCGCUCUACAUGCACGAAAUCGCCCUCCACACCCAAAUGGACGACAUCCGCCCGCCCUUUGACACAGCCACCCUCAAAGACGGCAUGCUCACGAACCUGACCCUGACAACCUCGCACAUCAACGCCCUGUCAGCCUGCCUCUCAGCCAUUGACGGCAUCUUUGAGGCGUUUUUAGCAAUGGAGGUGCCCAGCAUUCGCUGCCUGCCCGUCUUCAACUUUGUCCGUGUGGCCUACGCUGUCGUGGUCCUCAUCAAAAUGUACUUUUCCGCCACGGCGCCCGGCUCCGAGCUGGGGAGGGUGAUUGACAAGGAUAACAUGAAGGUGGAGUAUUAUCUGGACGCGCUGCUGGAAAAGUUCCGUGCCGCUGCGUCGGAUGAUCGGAGUCGUCCUGCGGCGAAGUUCUUGAUUGUGUUGGUCAUGUUGCGGAGUUGGUUCCUGAAGCAGAGUAAGGGGCUUGCGAUGGGUGUUCUACCUGUGCCGGACGCUGCUGCUGGGUUCAAGACCUCAAAUUCGCAGCCUGAGACGCCGGCUUCUGCUGCACAACCAUCUUCUCGACGGCCGGACGCGACACCUGCUUCCACUGCCGCGGAGGAGCAGCAACAGCAGCAACAGCAAGCGCAGCAAAGGGUGUAUGCAGGGCAACAGCAUCCGCCGAUGCAUGAAUACCCCGCCGCCAACACGCCUCUUCACCUGCUUUCAGAGAUCGCUACGCAAAACGAUCGUUCUGGCGGUGGUAGUGGUGGUGGCGCGACAAACAAUAUCCUCUGGAACCCGCCCCCGUCACGCCAGUCCUUCCUCUACGACCCCAGCGCCGUCACGCCUACCCCGAUGGACGGACCUGGUUCCGGGCCGGGGACAGCGGCGUCGAGCGGUACGGCGGCGACGACGGUUGCAGGUCCGGGCGACGGAAGUGGAGCAGGAGCCGGACCGGGGCCGAAUCCAGUGGCGCCGUGGCUGAAUCCCGUCUGGACCAACGAUUUACAAGACUUUGGACUCGACCCGGGCUUCACGAACGAUUUAUCGCUCGAGGAGAUCACGACGGGGUUCGGAACGAGUCCGGGAAGCUUGAGCAACGGGAUGCGGUAUGUCAUGGCGCAGGAUCCAUGGUUGAGCGGGAUGAGCGGGCUCGGUGAGAUUUUUGAGGGGAUGCCUGGCGGAUCGGGACCGCCCAUGUUUCCCAUGUGA